AUGGUGUUGGAGGCUAAUAUGUUUUUAAUUGACAACUCUGAAUGGAUGAUUAAUGGAGACUAUAUUCCCAAUAGAUUUGACGCUCAAAAAGACACUGUACAUUUGAUUUUUAACCAAAAAAUCAAUGAUAAUCCAGAAACCAUGUGCGGUUUGAUGACGAUGGGUGAGAAUAAUCCUCAGGUGUUAAGUACGUUGACAAGAGACUAUGGUAAAUUUUUAUCAGCCACGCAUGACUUACCUGUUCGUGGUGAUUCCAAAUUUGGAGAUGCGAUUCAAAUUGCUCAACUUGCCCUGAAGCAUCGAGAAAACAAGACUCAAAGACCUAGAAUUGUUGCAUUUGUUGGCUCUCCUGUCGUUGAAGAUGAAAAGAACCUAAUUCGCUUGGCGAAGAGGAUGAAGAAAAAUAAUAUAGCUAUUGAUAUUAUCCAUAUCGGAGAACUUGAAAGCGAAGGUGCAUUACAGCGUUUUAUUGAAGCUGCAAAUUCGAAUGAUAAUUGCCAUCUUGUAAGUGUCCCCCCAAGCUCGCAACUCCUCUCAGACUUGGUGAACCAAUCUCCCAUUGGACAAGGUGUUCCUGCUUCCCAAGGUCAAUUUGAAUAUGGUGUUGAUCCUAACCUUGACCCCGAGUUGGCCUUGGCUUUGGAGCUUUCUAUGGCCGAAGAACGGGCUCGCCAAGAAGUUUCUGCUCAAAAACCAGCUGAGCCGUCCGAGCCAGCCGAAGAACAAGGCGAUAAAAAAAUGCAAGAAUAA